AUGUCUCACCGAAGUGGCUCAUCACCAAAGGGGAUGACCGAUAACCCAUUCUUUACGUUGCAGGUCAUGCAACAACAAUUUGAGAGGUUGAACUUGGUGAUGGGGGAAGUGAGGGAUAGGAUUGAUCAUCAAGAAGAAACGAUUAGAAAUUUGCGAGGUGGGAGAGAUAAGAGGCAACGUGAGCCUAGGGUUGAAAAUGAAAAUGAGAAUGAAGGAGCUGGCAAGGAUGAGGAAGACCUAAGAUCUGAAAUUAGGUCGAGUAGACAUCGUAGA